AUGCCUACUCCCCUGCAUGUUUUGUCCGAUAUUGAAACUCCACUUCAUGCAGCUGUCGAUGCCGUCGAAAGUCCAGGAUUUGUUAUGAACCUCACCAAAGUCACCAAGGGAAAACGACGGCUCCCCUCAUGGCUCGAUCAUUUCAACAGUCAGGAUCUGAAGGUAUUGUUCCGCUGUUGGGCCGCCGCAUGGGUUGCUGCAUUGCUCAUGUUCAUCGGCCCUACGCUACACACAAUUGGAACAGAGACAUUCUUUACCUGCAUUGUCCUCUUUAUUCUUCCCCCCUCGGGUAUUCUGCUUAUCUUCAUUCUUGGGGAUCUUACUCUUCUUAUUGGUAUGAAUCUUGCCUGGGCAUGGGGAGUCAUUGUCAUGAAGGCAGCUCUAGCAGCUCGUUCCGCGUCAGAGACGCAGGCUCGAAUAAACGCACUGCAACAGCAGGCGUCUAUUCAGGCUAAUGCCUCUGGCCAGAGUAUUGCGAGCGAAACACAUGUGCUCGUAACGAACGGGUUUAUGCUAGAUGCUCAAGUGACUGUGGUCUUUUUUGUCCUGAUUUGUCUCUUCAUCUAUCUCAUGGCACGGCUGGGAGCAACUAACCCGAAAUUUGUUCUACUGCAGAUAUACGCAAUCAUUAUCUCAGAUCUUUUUCUCACCCUUGGCCCAUCCCAGCCCUCUUUCUACGGAACCCUCCCUAUCUCUCUGAUUAAACCAGCCGCCAUUGGUGUCGGGCUUGGUGUUGCUGCAUUCAUACUAUUUUUCCCCCAAUCCACGACUCAUGCCUUCUUUACUGCCUUUGAAGGGCUCCUUAAACUCGGAAAGCAGCCACUGAUAUUUACUAUGUCCAGCCUAGACAUUAAUUCGGAAGAGCUGGAUGUCCGGGUUCUACAAAAAGUGACAACAAAACUUGUCGCAGCACACAAAACAAUGGAACUGGCGAUUGCUUUCCUACCUCUGGACUGCUCUAUAGGUCGCUGGAACGCCGACGAUAUCAAAAGUCUGAGAUAUCCAAUACGUCAAACCAUGAUGUCGAGUUUAUCACUACUUGAAUACCAUACUUCACGGCUCGUCGGACAAAAGAGGCUAAAAGACUUCCCAGUCACUCCUGGAGUAGAAAGCACACUAGAUCAUACAACGGAGCAGCUACCCGGCAAGAUAGGUCGCUUUCAGUUGAUGCAAAGUGCACAAUUCGUCCAGGCACUGCGAAGUCCUGAGAGUGAAGCCAUUCGGUCGGAGGCCGUUGAGGUGCUGCGACAGUCUAUAACAGAUAUUCUCCCUGCCUGCCUAGAUGCGAUCACCGCCAUCUCCGAGUGUAUACGUGCACAAAUGUCCGGAGGAUGGAUUUCUCGCUCCUUAGACGAAGAAUAUGACCGACUUUUAUCGCGAUGUCAGACAUCACUAGAGGCACUUAAGUCGGCUCGUGCCGCAUUCAUGACUGAGACUACAGAGCGACUUCUCCAAAUCCACGCAGACUUGUUUGACGAGACCGGCAAUCUGCAGUAUUUCAGCAACAUUGCAAUCCAUCCCUUCCGAGGCGUCAUGUUUGGGAUGGUAUUUGAGACACAGAUACUGCUUGUGACUGAUGCUUUGGUGAAACUUAUGGAACGAAUCAUCCAGCUAUGCCAUGGACGGACGAGAGCGAAGUUUUGGUUCCCUAGUGGAAUCAGAUAUGCAGCUGCGUGGGCUUUCAAUGGAAAUGUUGCAGCCCCAAUUCCAAAUCAAUCGAAUGUCGUGGAUCCCAGCAUUGUGGAUGAGGCAGCUAAGGAAUCCCAAAAACGCCUCCGAAUCAGUCGUGGAUAUGGAGUCAAACGUCGAAGUGGACUGGCUAGAUAUAUUAUUGCCACAAAGCAGUGGUUGUUCAACCCCCAUGGUUUAUAUGCUUUGAGAAUGGUCAUUCUUACAGUUGCCUUGGCGAUUCCUGCAGUCAUACCUUCUAGCGCAGGUUUCUACUAUCGUGAGAAAGGUAUCUGGGGCCUUAUAAUGGGUCAAACAACUUUGUUGGUCUACAUGGCAGACUUUACCUUCUCCAUGAUCAGCCGAACCAUCGGGACCGUUGUCGGAGGAGUUCUCGGACUGCUAAUCUGGUAUGUUGGUUCUGCUAAUGGGCCAGGAAAUACAUAUGGACUAGCUGCCAUUUCGGCUGCUGUUCUAGCCUUUCUCAUGUGGGGACGUUUGUUCUUCAACCCUGGUCUUCUGCAAGCCACGGUAAUGGGCGCAGCAACAUGCAUUCUCAUUGUCGGAUACAGCUUUGAUGACACGCAUAUUGCGCAAUAUGGUAACCCAGGAUUCGGCUAUAACGUCUUCUGGCACCGCCUUGUCCUCGUAUUAGUCGGCUUCGCAGCUGCUCUCAUCGUUCAAGUAUUGCCUUUUCCGCCAUCUGCAUCAUACCAUAUAUCCAAGACUUUAUCGAAUACUCUUCAGACCCUUUCAGAUCACUACGCGCUUGUGCUCUCCUGCUGGAAUCAAUCGGACUGCAAUAUCGGUUUAGUUGCGGGGAAAGUCUCCAUCGAUGUCGAUCAACUGCUCGCCUCGCUUGACGACUCCAUUGCCAUCUUACACCUCGAAUUCUCCGGCUCGCCAUUCAACAGUCAGAGCCUGGCUGAAAUAAAAUCAAUAUGUCAAGAGAUGAACUGGGCCCUGGGGAGAUUGCUUUUCCUCUCCGUUUCGUUACCGGUCGAGCUUCAAGACCGGUUCGCACACCUUACCGGCAUUCUUGACCACCAUCACAUUGGAGAUAUCAUGACUGUACUGAGCAUGGUUGAGCAAGCGCUCAAAACCGGCAAUGCUCCACCAGAGGUGCUUCCGACUCCUUUAUUGAGCCGAUGCCAUGAAUAUUGGCAGAAUAGUAGUUUGGAGAUAAUGCAGUACAGAGAUCUGAUCCGGGACAAAGAUUAUCGGAAGUUUUGUGUAGCGGUGAGCUCUUAUUUAAAAUUUCUGUCUGCAAUUGAUGAUCUCGUGCUUGUUGUGAAGGGCAGUUUGGGAGAAUGCCACAUUAUAAGCAAAGAGUCACCAGAGAUCUUUUUGAGGGCCGAUAUGAGCAUGGAGAAUGGGUGA